AUGACCGAAACCUUGGCUGCACGUAACCGGGAAGCCAUUGAGCACCAACUCUCACAUCCUGAAUUCCUGGCGCUACUGAUCCAGGAUGAAGUCGCGCGGCGUGAGCAAAAGAAAUACGCCAUGCGAUUUCGACGGGCGGGUUUCCGGCAUAACAAAACACUGGAGAGCUUUGAUCUGGAUUUCAACCCUAAUUUCAACCAGGCCCUGUUGAAAGAACUGGCCAGUGGUGGCUUUAUCGAAGAGAAAGUCGCCGUACUCAUCGCCGGGCCUUGCGGCACCGGCAAGAGUCACUUGGCACAGGCUCUGGGGCAUUGUGCCGUACAGAAGGGUUACGAUGUGCUGUGCCAUAGCCAGGCCAAACUACUUAGUUAUUUACACGCCGCGCGCGCCACCAAUACCUAUGAUCGACGCUUCCAAUCGCUGGUCAAGGUGCCGCUGUUAAUUAUUGAUGACUUUGGACUCAAGCCACUAAAGUCUCCGCAGGAUGAAGAUCUACAUGAUUUGAUUGACGAGCGAUACGAACGCGGUGCCACCAUUGUCACCAGCAAUCUCGACUUCGGUGAAUGGGGUGAUGCAUUCCCAAAUAAGCUAUUGGGUGCGGCAACCCUUGAUCGCCUUCGCCACCAUGCUUAUCGCGUAGUACUCGAUGGCGAGAGUUAUCGGACACCCAGACCCUGUGCAGAGAAAGCAUGA